GAAGAUAAGCUUCCGUUAUCAAAAAGUCAAUAAAAUCAGCACAAAAAAGCAAACCCUAGUUUUCUCUCUCUACGACUCAUUAGAGAGAAGAUAGAGAGAGAAAGAGAAAGAAAGAGAGACUCAGAUUCCUUUUUUCCUCUUUCUCAGCUCUUUCGUUUGUUCCCACUUUCGUUUCUAGGAAGUUGCAGAGCGAACUUGACCGAAACCAAAUUCCCCAAAACCCACUCCUCCUUUUCUCAUUUACCAUUUCACAAAACAACCUUGUUUUUCUUUCUUAUCAGGUUCCCACAUCUUGUGUGAUGUUGAAGUGAGGCUAAGGAUAGAACUAAGUUUACUUGGAUAUUUGCGAACAAGCUUUAUGGAAGAUAGAGAUAUGCCUACGAAUGCUUAAUUCAGUGCAGGAUAUUUUUUAGCCAACUUCAAUAAUAUCAUUGAGGAAUUUCUGUUGAAUAUUAAUAACUGAAGUGAAAGAAGGGUUUUUGACUUGUGAGAUUUUUAAGCAAACUUUGGAAUCAUGCCUGUUUCAGGACAUGAAGAGACUGGGGUAAAAUCCAUUGCUGGGCAAUUUAGUGGUUUAACUGCAGGUGUACCGAUCAAGAAAAGGAGGUGGUUCCCUUUGAAUCGGCCUUCAUCGCCACUGACUGAAGAACCAUGUUCUCUUACUGAAGAAACUGAUUUGCAACGAAAAGAAAACUCGAGCAAUUCCCAAGGAUCUACUCUUUCGAACGCAACCGCCGCAGGGGCACCAAUCAAGAAAAGGAGGUUUCCUUCUGUUCAAGCUUCGUCAGCUCCUCUGGAAGAGGGUUCGUUUCCAGAAGAAAGUGAUAUCUUGCGAAAGGAACAUUCAAGCACAUCACAGGGUUCAACUCUUUCUACCAGUACAUCUGGAUUAUCUGAUAUUAAUGGAAUUGUCUUUGAAGACAAGAAAGCAAGUACUGAUCUCACUCAUGCUAAGAAGGUGCAAACCGAUUCUGGCCUCCUUAGGCCCAAACUUGAGGAACCGACUAUUGCAACUCAAUCAAGUACUUUGGAUGUCAUGGAUAGCAAAGAGAAGGUGAAACUUAAUGAAGGUUCUGAUAAGAAAUUGGGAUCCCAGAUGAUUAAGGGAAAUCCUGAACUCUUGUUGGCUGCAAAGCAAAGUCUAGCACUUAACAUUGGAGCAGAUAUGAGCAAACAGAGUGUCCAAGACAUAUGUAAACAAGAGUAUGCUAUAGUUCCGGAUAGUACUCAUUUAUCUUUAAGGUUAAAGGAUCAUGAGUUUCCAGCCGUUGGAAGUUCUGAAAUUCACAACAGCAGUAAAAUUGAGGAAGUGGAACCCGUCUCAUUGGAGUUGUCUCUAAGCAAGGAAGAACACACUACUCAAAAUUCAAGUAGUGAUGCUAAAAUUAACAGUGACACACCUCGUGUUCAUUCCAACAGGGCAAACUGGGAUCUGAAUACUACAAUGGAUGCAUGGGAAGAAUCUGGGACUGAUGCAAGUUCAGUUAAACCUUCUGUUGAUGGGAUGAAAGCUUCUGGUGGUGCCCUUGAUGAAAAACAAUUCAUGUGCUCAACUGAAAUGGUGCUACCAACAGGUGUUGAGUCUGUAAAGCAAACACUUGAAGAGAGUCAAAGGAAGUCUUUAAUUAUUUCUUCUGGUCCGUAUGGACAGCAUAAAUUGGUCCUCCCACGGGAUCUCUGUCUUACAACUUAUCCUUCAAAAUUUGCUGAGCUCUCUAGAGUAUCUGUUACAUUAAAUCCAAGCAAUGCUACUCCAACUGUGAGCUCGUCAAGUUUGAUAGCUUCUGGUGAUGUGAAUGCUUCUAGUUUUAGGUCGGUAAAAUCAGAACCAUUUGAUGAGAACUUGAAAAGGAAUUUAAAGGAAGCUAAUGCCAGUUCAUUAGAUAGUGUUUCCGUUAAACAAGAAAUUGUUCAGCAUUCCAUUGUUGAGUCUUCUAAGUCUGUGCCUGUUGGCAAUACAAUGUUAGUUGAUCCGAAGCUUGUUAAACCUGAACCCAGUCAUGAUGGUAAUGAUGAAAGACCAAAGGCAUCAGAGGGUAAAACAGAUCGGUUGGAUAAUGAGUUGUCUCAAGGGUCAGAUAUUUGUUCUUCAGCUCUGGCAGUGCCAGUGCCAGUCACUUCCGAGGCAGCAAAAGUUCCUGCAGAGACAGUUUGUCCUCCAAUGAAACCUGUCUGCUCAGCAGACUUGAAAUCUUGUUCAGCGCAGUUGACUACCCCCGAAAAUGUAGUUAGCCACCAAGAAAAUUGUACUUCUACCACUGAAGUUAAUGUUCAGGAAGUAUCUCCUGGUGCUUUUGCCGUGCAGGUUCCUUCAGAAACAGAUAUGAAACCUAUAGUUGAUAAUGGUACAGAACACACUGAUGCUAGCACGAAGGAUUCAUUAAUAACCAAAGAAGAAAAUGCUGAUAAUCGUGAUGGUUGCAGAGUGAAACUCAUGAAUGAGCCUACACCCCAUCCACGAGACAGGGGUGAUAGUUGUGUAAGUGAUGAAGAAAAGAUAACCUUAUCAACCGAUAUGAUGGAGGAUGAUCCUUACGGUUCUGAUUAUGAUUCUGAUGACAACCGUGCUGUGAAUGUUCCUGUUGAUACUGAACAGUACGCUGAAGAUGAUGAUUAUGAAGAUGGUGAGGUCCGAGAACCUCUGCAGCAAUCCACUGCCCAAGACACCAUAUGCGAGGUAAGAGAAGUAGAACAUCCUGACUCUAAUAAUUUUGGAAAUAGACAGAUGGAGGAAGGGGGUGUGAUUGGUGAUUGUCCUACCUUAUCUCAUGCUGUGGAGGAUGACAAGACAGCUGUAACCCAUGGUGAGGUAAAGGUUGGUGAAGAUGGGGUGGACAUUGAAAUGCUUGAGAGGUCAGCUAAGGUCGUUGAUAAAAUUGUGUGCAUGCAAGAGUCGGUGGAUAAUGAAAAGCCAAAUAUUGCCUCUGAUGGGAAGCAACUGGUUAACCUUUUGCAAACGAAACCGCUAGAUCUUUCAGAUAGGCAAAAUGCAUCUAAAACUGUGGAGAUGGAAUUAUGCUCCUUCCAAGGUACUGCAAACAAUGGGGAAGAAGCUGUUCAGUGUGCCAAUGAGGUUGUAAAGACAGCUGACACUGUUAGACAAAUUGACUUAGAUUUGCCAAAGAUGGAAGUGUUUGCAAAUGCUGAUGAUGCAGGCAAAGAUGUUAAUAAUGGUGGUAACCAAGGAAGAAUCAUAGAUCUCUCCCGAGCUGCUAGCUCUUCAUCCCCUAGUAAAACUAGGUCUAUGUCAGGAAGGUCAUUGCCAUCACGGGGAGGUAGAGAUGUAUUAUCCGACACCCUGGAUGGUGACAAGCUACCACGAGUAAGAGAUGAUGUUUAUAUUGAUGCACCUCGCAAAUUCUCUAGAGAAAGACACCAAGAUAUAUCCCCUAGAAAUUCUAGAAUGAAUUUUGUGCGCGGUAGAGGAAGGGUUAAUAAUCGAAUGGACACACUCCGUGGGGAUUGGGAAUCUGACCGGGAAUUUUCUGGUGAGUUCUACAAUGGUCCAGGUCAGUUCCGUGGCCCCAGAAAAUAUGCAUCUGCUAUUGCCGAUAGUGAUAUGGAGUUCAAUAAUGUUGCUCCUGAUGGCUCGUAUGUUGGUCAUGGUCGGAUGGGAAGAAAACCAUUGAAUGAUGGUUCAUAUAUUCCGCCAAGGAGGCGCUCUCCUGGAGGAAGAGAUGGCAUCCAAAUGGGUCAUAGAAUACCAAGAAACAUUAGUCCAAGUAGGUGCAUUGGAGGUGAUGGUUCAGAGAUGGUUGGCAUGAGGCACAGUGAGAAAUUUAUGAGAGGUUUCCCUGAUGACACUAUAGAUUCUAUGUUCACACGUCCGCAACCGUUUGAUGGACUGGAUGGUCGGUUUACUAGAGGGAAUAGGAACUUCUCUUCAAUGCAGAGAAGGGGUCUUCCACGGAUGCGUUCCAAGUCUCCCAUCAGAUCAAGGAGUCGCUCACCUGGUCCAUGGUCUUCUCCAAGGAGGAGGUCUCCUAGAAGAAGAUCCCCGGAUGGGUUUGGUGGGCAUCCAGAAUUAGGCCACAGAAGAUCUCCAUUAUACAGGGUUGACAGGAUGAGGUCCCCUGAGCGCCCUGUUUUUGGUGAGAGAGUGGUGCGUAGGCAUGGUUCCCCAUCCUACAUGUCGAGACCUUCUAAUGACAUUAGGGACAUUGAUUCUGCAAGAGAUCAUGGUCAUCCGAGGUCUGUCAUGUCCAACAGGAGUCCGUCUGGCCGGAUUUUAGUUAGGAACCGGAGAUUUGAUGUUGUGGAUCCCCGCGAUCGUGCAGACAAUGAUGACGACUUCUUUGGGGGUCCUAUGCAUUCUGGUAGGAUACUUGAGCUUAACAAUGAAGGAAAUGGUGAGGAGAGGAGGAGGUUUGGUGAGAGACGAGGACCUGUUCGUUCUUUCAGGCCACCUUACAAUGGUAAUGUUAAUGAGAACUUUCACCUUAAUGCUGAGGAGGGGCCUAGACAUUAUAGAUUCUGUUCUGAAGACUCGGACUUUCAUGAAAGCCACCUAGAAGAACAAGAAACAUGGAUGAGCAGGAAGAUAACUUCAGGCAUGGUGGUGGACAGGUUUGGAGUGAUGAUAGUUUUGACGACAUAUCACGAGUAAAGAGGAAAAGAUUUUGAUUCUCCCUCCUCUCCCUCUUAAUUUAUUUUAUGGUUAGACGAGUCACCUGCUGAAUGCAUGAAUGCUUUGCUGGGUGUUAAAUAUUGGAAUUUGUAUUGCAGGUUUUUCCACCUACAGAAUUAGAUUUAGAUUUUGUGAUAAUAAAUAGUAUCCUUUUAGUUUUUCCCCCUUACUGCUGCUGCCUCAAGCUCUGGUUUAGAGAGCAGAGAUGAAAGUAAUGGUUGGUUGUAAAAGCUGUGUGAAGUGACCAGAUUUUAGUGCAAGGAAUUGUGAAAUGAAUGAAGGUUGCUUCUCAAAAAUAAAUUCUCGGUUGUGUGCGC